GAGGAGGUAAUUACACGUACUAAACUGUGUGAAAUGCUAACAAAAUGAAGCUCAACUUGAUAAUUUGUCGUUGAUUAAUUUGACGGCAGAAAACUACAGCUACUCCACGAUAUAAUUGGAUCUACUUCUAUCUUUCCCAUGAUUUUCCCUGAACCUUAUCCAUCCAAAUGGACCAAUGAGCCUCUACGUAGCGACCCCAAAAUGCAACUCAUGGAUGAGAUCCAACACAACAAGAGAAUCCCCAAGAGCAGUCUGAGCCUCAAACGUGCAGAUAAUCCCACACCACAAACUUCCCUCAAAAGACACUAAACUCCUCCAAAAUUACCACUUUCUCCCCAACACAUUCCCCUCUGAGAGUAACCCUCCCUAGUUUCUAAACAACUUCAACAUUAUGCUUCUCCCUUCCUUUGUAUGAUGAUAGGAGGUUUAGCUCAAAUUCAACCCUUCACAGUACCACCAAGCAACAACCCAACACAAGUCUCAGAGCACAAACCAAUAGAUCAGUCCCCAUGCCCACCUUCACUCAACCAAGUGAAAUCCAUGGAAGAGUUCAAACAGGCCCAUGCCCGGUUCAUCAAGCUUGGGUUCGACCAGAGCCCUCGCCACGCCGGUGAACUCCUCUCGGUUUGUGCUCUCGCCGACUGGGGAAGCCUCGACUAUGCCUGGUCCAUCUUCUCCGGCCUCGACAGUCCUGGUAUUUUCGACUUCAACACCAUGAUCAGGGCGAAUGUCAACCAUUCAGACCCAAAUGCAGCAUUGCAGUUGUAUUAUGAUAUGGUACAGUCAGAUGUGAAGCCUGAUAACUUCACAUUCCCAUUUACUGUUAAGGCUUGUGCUCAGCUCUCAGCAUUGAGAGAAGGGAUGCAGGUGCAUGGCCAUGUUCUAAAGUUUGGAUUUGACGAUGAUGUGUUUGUGAGCAACAGUUUGAUAAAUAUGUAUGGUAAGUGUGAAGAGGUUGAUGCGGCUUGUAAAGUGUUUGAGCAGAUUGGGGUUAAUAAGACUGUUGCUUCCUGGAGUUCAAUUCUGGCUGCUUAUAAUAAAAUGGGCUUGUGGUCUGGAUGCCUAAACUUGUUUGCAACAAUGAUAAAUUCAAGCUCGAUGCCCGAUGAGAGCUCCCUGGUCAGUGUGCUCGCCUCGUGUGCUCACUUAGGCGCACUUGAUAUAGGCAGAAGCAUACAUUGCUCAUUAAUGAGAAAUUUCAGCGGAUUGAAUCAUAUAGUCCAAACUUCGCUCAUAGACAUGUAUGUAAAAUGUGGGUUAUUAGAGAAGGGUCUGUUAAUCUUCAAUCAGAUGCAGGAGAAGAACAAGUGGGCAUAUAGUGCAAUAAUCUCCGGGCUAGCAAUCCACGGGGAUGGCGACAGAGCAUUGACAAUCUUUGCCAACAUGCUCAGAGAUGGGGUAGAGCCUGAUGAGGCUGUCUAUGUUGGAGUAUUGAGUGCAUGUAGUAAUGCUGGGCUAAUUGAAGAGGGUCUUCAGUACUUUAAGAAAAUGCAGUUGGAACACCAAAUUGUGCCCAAAUCGCAGCAUUAUGGAUGCAUCGUUGACCUCCUGGGUCGGGCUGGAAAAAUCAACAAGGCCCAUUCACUCAUUGGGUCCAUGCCAGUUGAGCUUCAGACUGAUAUAGCCUGGAGAAGCCUACUGAAUGCAUGCAAGAUCCAUGAAAAUAUAGAGAUGGCAGAAUGUGCAGUCAGAAAUCUAGUGAAAGCCAAUUGUGCAAAGGCUGGAGACUACGUAAUUUUGUCAAACAUGUAUGCAAAGGUUGGGAAAUGGGAUGAUGCAGCAAGGACCAGGACUAAAAUGUUCGACCGAGGACUCACUCAAGUACCUGGGUUUAGUCGUGUCGAGGUUAAGGGGAAGAUGCAUACCUUUGUUUCGAUGGACAAAUCUCAUCCACAAAGCAAUGAAGUACAUGAGAUGCUCUACCAAAUGGAGUGGCAGCUGAAGUUCGAAGGAUACCAACCGGACACAUCAGAGGUGUUCCUGUUUAAUGCAGGUGGGGAAGAAAAGAUUCAGGCGCUCAAUGGCCAUAGCCAGAAACUUGCAAUUGCUUUUGGUUUAUUAAAUACAAGCGAAGGAGAUUCGAUAAGGCUAAUUACAAACCUGAGGAUGAGUGGUGAGUGUCAUAGCUAUACCAGACUGAUCUCUAAGAUUUUUGAGAGGGAGAUUGUUGUCAGGGAUCGUAACCGCUUUCACCACUUCAGGCAAGGAGCUUGUUCCUGCAGAGAUUACUGGUGAGAGAAUGGAACAAAAAACAAGGAUUGUGAAGUAUCAGUCCACAACAAGAAGCUUUACAUUGGGAGGUCAGACCUGGGGUAUUUGUACAUUUUGCAAUGUUAAUUAUUUCAUUUUUCUGUAAA